UUCAAACUUUUGGUUUUACAAUAAUCUAUCUUUCAAUGCAGCAAACAAUGUGUAUUGGGAAAGUUUUGUUAAUGCAUGUAUAGUGGCGGGUAAGGGGUUUAAGGCCCCAACAGGUCAUGACUUCAGUGGGCCAUUGCUAGAGAAAGCUGUGAAAAAUACAGAAGGUGUGGUUGAUGAUCAGAAAAGGUAUUGGAAGAGAAAAGGAUGCAGCAUUUUAUCUGAUGGAUGGACAGAUGGACGGAAUAGGACUCUUCUCAACUUCUUGGUGGCUUCAAAUGGUGCAAUGGUAUUCAUAAAGUCUGUUGAUGCCUCAAAUGAAAUAAAAAAUGCAGAGACUUUGUGUAAUCUGUUGGAUGGUGUGGUUCGGGAAGUUGGAGUUGAGAAUGUUGUCCAAAUUAUCACGGACAACGCAGCUGCAUAUGUAUCUGCAGGUAGAAUGCUUAUGCAGAGGCAUCCUUCGAUUACAUGGAGUCCUUGUGCUGCACAUUGCUUGGACUUGGUGCUAGAGGACAUUGGGAAGAUUGGAUGGGUGAAGAAGGUGGUUGAAGAUGCAAAAAGUGUCACCAAAUUCAUCUACAACCAUACUUGGGUGCUUGCUUUGAUGAGAAAAUACACAAAUGGCAAGGACCUUGUGCGACCUGGAGUGACACGAUUUGCUAGCCACUUCAUCACUUUACAGAGCAUUCUUAGUGCCAUUCCUCAUCUUAAGCAGAUGUUUGUGUCAGAUGCUUGGUUGGGGUCUGCAUACUCCAAAAGACCUGAAGCAGAGAAGAUUGUGACCAUUGUUUUUGAUGAUGGGUUCAAUAAAAGUGGAGAGGAGUUGACUGCGGUGACAGAACCUUUGGUGAGGGUUCUUCGUAUGGUGGAUGGAGAGGGCAUGCCAAUGGGUUUCAUUUAUGAGGCCAUGGAUAGGGCCAAAGAGGCCAUUUCACAUUACUAUCGUGGAAAUGCAAGAAAAUGUGAAAUCUUUUGGCGCAUCAUUGAUCGUAGGUGGACAAACCAACUCCACCAACCGAUACAUGCCUUCGCCUACUUUUUGAACCCGAAAUUCUACUUCUCUGAUUCAUUUAGGGCUGAUGAGGAGGUCAUGGCAGGUGUUAUUACAUGCAUUGAUAAGAUGACACCUGAUCCUGAGUUGAGAGACAAGGUUCUUGAUGAGUUGGAGAUCUACAAAAGUGCAGAGGGGAGACUCUUCUCAUCACAACUAGCAAUUGAUAGGAGAGGAAAACAACAACCAGGUAAAACAUUUAGUAACUUAGUUCAACAGUGCAAGAAAAAACCUACAAACUUGAUUGUUACAUUUUUUUCUCAAUUCUAAUAUUUCUAAAUGUUUUUUGUAGAUUUAUGGUGGGAGAAUUAUGGUGCCGGCA